AUGAUAAGAUUUGGAGAUUUUAAUAAAAUCUGUGAGACGGUGGCACUCACUGUGUGCCCUCUUGUAGGUUCGGAAGAAGGCAUUGAACCAACAUGUUAUUCAAGAAACGUUGAAAUUGCUGGCACACUAAUUUUCCAACCUGCCACCAUUAUUAUCCAUGUUAUUGCGCUCAUCAUGACUUCCAUCAUGAUUUAUCAUAUAAAGUCAAAAUAUACAGCCGUCGAGUUAUUGCUUGUUUCCGGUAUCAUUCCAACAGCGUCAAAAGUUUAUCCCUAUUUCACUGCUGCACAUAUUUCACUUAUCACCGCUACAUUCUGGUGUUUAUUAUUAAAUGGUUUUGUUGGAUUUCAAUUUGCUGAAGAUGGCACACCAUUGUCACUUUGGUCGAUCCGUAUCUCCUCUUUGGUUAUUUUUGCUGGAGUUUUUUUCUUAAGUUAUGCAACAUUCGAAUCAAAAGCCGGAUUUAGCCCCUUAAACCCAGUAGCACUUUGGAUUGUUUUGUAUGUAUUUAAUGGAGCAGCUCUCGUAAUUUAUGUAGUCCUUCAAAUCGUACUUGUACUUAAUACCCUCGACGAUCGCUGGCCUCUUGGUGAUAUCGUGUUCGGUAUUUCCUUCUAUGUCAUUGGUCAAGUCAUCCUUUACUUAUUCUCUGUACGUAUCUGUGAUACAGCCAAACAUUACAUCGAUGGAUUAUUCUUUGGAACAAUCUGCACACUUUUAGCUGUUAUGAUGGUUUACAAAUAUUGGGAUUCCAUUACCAAAGAAGAUCUCGAAUUUUCCGUUGGUAGCAAACAAAAUGUUUGGGAAGUUAAAGAAUUACUCGGAGAGGAUGAAUUGGCAUAUUCAAAUCAAGGUGGUUAUGGUGGUGGCUACUCUCCAAAACAACCACCACAACAAUAUGGUAUUUUAUAUCAUACCCAAGCAGUGCGAUAUGAUAGGGAAGCUUUCUGCGGAUCUGGUCCUGAGGUCAUAAUCUCGAAUGACCAUAAUCCCGAAGGGUCAAAAUUUCCCGAAUGA